UGGGAAGCCACCGCGAGAGAGAACGCAGAGAGAGAGAGAGAGAGAGAGAGAGAGAGGCGGAGGGCCGGUGGCUUCGUUUCCAUUUCCUCCGCUCUGAUCUCCGCCAUCAAUACAUUCUUCACAGAUAUAUUUCUUCAGUUUUCGAUUUUUGGUUUCCAUUUCCUUGUUCCAAUCAGGCAAUUUCCUCUCUCUCUCUCUGUAAUUUUCCUGUGUUAGGUGAGAGAGAAAGAGCAUAAACGAUGCAGAGGACCAGGGAUCAACGGCCGAGAUCUGCCAAGGCAGCCACCAUUCACGGCUUCGCCCAGUCCGGCGACCUCCUCGCCUUCCAGAAGUUGCUUCGCGAGAAUCCUUCUCUUCUCAAUGAUCGAAAUCCUGUCAUGGCUCAGACACCACUUCAUGUUUCUGCUGGUUACAACAAUGUGGAGAUAGUUAAGUUUUUGCUUGAUUGGCAAGGACCAGAGAAAGUUGAGUUGGGGGCUAGAAACAUGUAUGGAGAAACUCCACUGCACAUGGCAGCUAAAAAUGGGUGCAAUGAAGCUGCUAGGUUGCUCCUUGCUAAUGGUGCCUUUGUUGAGGCUAAAGCAAAUAAUGGAAUGACACCAUUGCACCUUGCUGUUUGGCACUCACUCCGAGAUGAAGAUUCCUCGACAGUAAAGACAUUACUGGAGUAUAAUGCUAAUUGCAGUGCUGAAGACAAUGAGGGCAUGACUCCUAUAAAUCAUCUAUCCCAACGCCCAGGGGUGGAGAAAUUGCGGCAACUUCUUCAUUGGCACCUUGAGGAGCAGAGGAGACGCAAAGCUAUUGAAGCUUGCAGUGAAACAAAAGCUAAGAUGGAUGAACUGGAAGAUGCAUUGUCAAACAUUGUGGGCCUGCAUGAGCUAAAAGUACAGCUUCGGAAAUGGGCAAAGGGGAUGCUUUUAGAUGAGAGGCGUAGGGCCCUUGGACUAAGAGUGGGCCCUAGAAGACCACCUCAUAUGGCCUUCCUUGGCAAUCCUGGAACAGGUAAAACUAUGGUAGCUCGCAUUCUUGGACGAUUACUCAAUAUGGUAGGAGUUUUACCAACUGACAAGGUAACAGAAGUACAGAGAACUGAUUUGGUUGGCGAAUUUGUUGGUCACACUGGACCCAAAACUAGAAGAAAGAUUAAAGAAGCAGAGGGAGGAAUUUUAUUUGUUGAUGAAGCCUAUCGACUAAUACCUAUGCAGAAGGCAGACGAUAAGGACUACGGGCUGGAAGCCUUGGAGGAGAUCAUGUCUGUCAUGGACAGCGGAAAAGUUGUAGUUAUAUUUGCUGGCUACAGCGAACCAAUGAAGCGUGUAAUUUCUUCUAACGAAGGCUUCUGCCGAAGAGUAACCAAGUUUUUCCAUUUUGAUGACUUUAGUUGCAUAGAUCUAGCGAAGAUUCUUCAUUUGAAGAUGGGCAAUCAAGCAGAAGAUAGCUUAUUGUAUGGAUUUAAGUUGCAUCCUUCCUGUACCAAGGCUGCCAUUGCAACACUGAUAGAGAGAGAAACCAGUGGGAAGCAGCGCAAGGAGAUGAACGGAGGUUUAGUGGAAACAACGCUAAUUAAUGCUAGAGAGAACUUGGAUUUGAGGCUCGAAUUUGAUUGCGUAGAUGUGGAUGAACUGCUCACUAUCACCCUAGAGGACUUAGAAGUUGGACUUGGAUUGUUAUCACAAUGAGAUGAUCGGGUCAAAACGACUUCAGCAUCCCCUCCAUUGUGCAAGAAAGGGGAACAAAAAAAUAUAAAAGAAAUAGUGAAAACCGUUCAUUAGGCCUUGUUUAUUGGACUAAGAAGGUUUGAUUUGCCUCCAUGUACCUUUACUUCCUACAUUCUUCUUCAGCAGGGAAUUGUAGCAAUCGCCGAGACCAACUUAGAAUUGGGAAGAUUCCUUGUAAAUUUGUUCCUUUUGCAA